UCGGUGCAGCCGGGCGCCCUAGCGAGCGCGGGCCCGCCGCCGGGCCCGGGCAGACGGCGGGGGGCGUCUCCGCCUCGACUCUGUCUGCGGCCCCUGAGCGGCGAGGGCGAAGGCGAGGCUGAGUGGGGCCGAAACCAUGAACCGGAGUUUUCACAAGUCUCAGACCCUACGCUUCUACGACUGCAGCGCUGUGGAAGUCAAGAGCAAGUUUGGGGCUGAAUUCCGAAGGUUCUCCUUGGACCGUCACAAGCCCGGGAAGUUUGAAGAGUUCUACCAGCUGGUCGUGCACACGCACCACAUCUCGAACACCGACGUGACCAUUGGCUAUGCUGAUGUACACGGGGACCUGCUGCCCAUCAACAAUGACGACAACUUCUGCAAGGCCGUCUCAAGCGCAAACCCCUUGCUUCGAGUCUUCAUCCAGAAGCGAGAAGAGGCGGACCAUCUCAGCUUCGGAGCAGGCACCCUGUCAAGGAAGAAGAAGGCGCUGGUGGCCCUGAGGGAUGAGGGGCUGCGCCGGCGUGCCCACCUCAGCAUCAGCAUGCCUCAUGACUUCCGCCCAGUGUCAUCCAUCAUCGACGUGGACAUCCUCCCCGAGACACACCGCCGAGUAAGGCUCUACAGACACGGCUGUGAAAAGCCACUGGGCUUUUACAUCCGAGAUGGCACCAGCGUGCGUGUGACACCCCACGGGCUGGAGAAAGUACCUGGCAUCUUCAUUUCCCGAAUGGUGCCUGGGGGCCUUGCAGAGAGCACGGGGCUACUGGCUGUGAAUGACGAAGUCCUGGAGGUAAACGGGAUUGAGGUAGCUGGAAAGACAUUGGAUCAAGUCACAGACAUGAUGAUCGCCAACAGCCACAACCUCAUUGUCACCGUCAAGCCUGCCAACCAAAGGAACAAUGUGGUCCGCAGCAGCCGCACAUCCGGCAGCUCUGUCCAGUCUACAGACAGCACCACCAGUCACCACAGCCUGCCAGUUGCCCAUGUGGUGCAGAACUUCCACCCUGAAGAAAUGGAGAGUGACGAGGAAGCCGACAUCGUCAUUGAGGGGCCUCUAGAGCCCCAACACACUCCCAAGACACAAGUUUUUCCUCCAGGCAGCCUCUCAAGGGCCAAUGGCACCAACCUUGCCCACAGGCUGCAAAGGGACAUGGUACUGCAUAGCUCUGGACGGGAGAGCAAUGGCAGCAUCCAUAGAUUUCUCAGCUCCCUAAAACCAGACCCCCGAAACAGCCUGGUCCUCCCACAAGGAGGGGUGGAGGAGCACGGACCAGCCAUCACACUCUAGGGCUCGAGCAGCUUGGGCAGGCUGAGGUCAUAGACAGACUGUGGGGCAGCAAGACCCAUGGGUGGUGAGCACUGAAGAGCAUGGAGAUGUAAAGUGACUCCAAAGGGAAAUACUUUACAUUUUUAUGCCAACUUAAGAUGAGAAAAAUAACCAUGUACUUCAUCUUUUUCUUUCCUCUUUUUCAUCGUCAUUCCUACAGCCCUAUUCUUUAUUUAAGCUUUUGAACAAGAACACUAUUUUUAUAGGAUUUUUCCAAGGAACUUAAAAUACACACAACUGCACAUACUCUGGGCCUGGCCCCAGUGCAUGGACAGAGCCUUUGUAAAGUGAAACAAAAUGCUAACGUACAGAGAGUAUUUUUAAAUUUUUUUUAAAUACUUCUUUUUAAAAUGAAGCUUUAUAGAUCACUUUUUAAAAAUCGUAAAAUUCAUGUUUUUUUAACCAGUUCAUGCAAAAGAUCUUGUAAUGCCUGAGCACUCCAUUGACCCAGUGUGGCUGUGACAGGAAAACGGGAACUAAGGACGGGUUCCAGCACAGGAAGAAUCUGUUCUCAUCGUGUUUACAACAGCUCAGAAAGCCCAGUGGCCUACACACAAGUCCUGGGGUUGCAAUGCCCUGCAGCUGGAGCGCUGUCCCAGCCUUGAUGGCCAGGCAGUCACUGCUCUGCUUCUUAAAGUGGCUUUAGGAAGCCAGCAACUCUGCUGGCUGGAAGGUGAGGCCUGGUGGGAUUAAAAGCCAACGUUCCCACCAGUGUUUUCUUUGAGUUGACUGACUAGGGCAGUUUUAAGAUGUCUUCAGUAGAAAUGCGAGGAGCACCACACACCGUUAAAGCCCUGCAGCAGUGGCGUGGGUGCACACCGUAGCUUUGCUCUUAAAACAGCUGGUUGUUUUGUAAGAGAAGAUUAGAGCAUGCCAAUGCUGGUUCCUAGGGCAGUCGUCAGUGGCAGAACCCUCCUAACUACAAGCUAUGUGGAACUUAAUAAUUUUGACAGAUCACUUUUUGUUGGCCUUCUUAGAAGCUUAUUAAUGUCUGACCCAAUUAAAUUUUAUAUGAAUUGUGUUUUCUGUUUAGAUACAGUGUCGGGGAGAGAAUAGCACAUUGAGAACAAACUGGCCAAGUGAAUCCUUAAUGUUAUCCAAGUUUAGUGUCUUCCCAGCCUUCCAGGUCAAGAGCCCCAGCUGCUGCCCUUGUGGUCUAGCAUCACCUGCUGGUCAGAGGCCGAACUGUACUGAUUUCCUGAAUGCCAGACGCUGCUGCAUCUCAAGUUCUUUCCCUUUAGGAAGCUGUUUAUUGGGCAAAAGUGGCUUGUGCUGAGUGAGGACUGUUUCCUCGGCCUGUGUCCAUUUCUCAGUCGUGCACUGAGCAUCAUCGGCACAAGGAUAACAAGAUGCGCCCUGAGUCUGUGUCGCAGUGAGGAUCCAGACACCCAGAGCCACAGCUUCCAGACUGCUAAAAGCAUCUGGUGUGUGCCUGCAGCUGUCUGGAAUGUCUGUUACUAAGACAAGUAUUACAGAACCAACAAACUGAUGAUCAGUUACUACAAGACUCACUCUCGGCUAUGCUAUUGCUUGGUAUUCUAUGUUGAAUACACUAUUUACACUACCAAAAAGGAAAGUGAUGUUUCUUACCAUGCUUAAGUUGUUUGGCAAAUGUGAAUCGGUUUAUUCAAGAAAACACACACACAGUCCUGUGAUCUUUGUGAGCUGUUGCCUGUGAGGAAUUACAUGCGUUUAGCAGAUGCCUGAGUAUAUUUUUCUAAACAGAACCCUACUCCUACCAUUUUAUUUCUUCUUUCAAAAAAAACUGUCAUUAUAUAUUAAAUUUUUGUUUUAUAUAU